CAUUUUUCUCCUUGUUUUUUACAAUGUUGCCAUUCCUCCUUGUUUUGUUCCUAAUUUUUCCAUUACUUUUCUUCUUCCUGAAACGUAGUAGAAACAUUAAUGCACGUCAUCCACCUGGGCCUAGAGGCCUACCCAUAAUUGGGAAUCUUCAUCAGCUUGACAAUUCUAUUCUUUAUCUUCAAUUAUCAAAUCUUUCAAAAAUUUAUGGACCAAUAUUUUCCUUGAAACUUGGUUUAAGGCCAGCAAUUGUUGUUUCUUCAGAUAAAAUUGCCAAAGAGAUAUUUAAAAAUAAUGAUCAUGUGUUUUCUAAUAGACCUAUGUUAUAUGGUCAGCAAAGAUUAUCUUAUAAUGGGUCAGAAAUUGUAUUUUCUCAAUAUAGUGAUUUUUGGAGAGAUAUAAGAAAAAUUUGUGUUAUUCAUAUAUUUAGCGCGAAGCGUGUGUCAUAUUAUUCUUCUAUAAGAAAGUUUGAGGUGAAGCAAAUGAUAAAAAAUAUUUCUAAUCAUGCUACUUCUUCAAAUGUUACAAAUUUGAGUGAGAUAUUGACUUCUCUCUCUAGUACAAUAAUUUGUAGGAUUGCUUUCGGUAGGAGUUAUGAAGAUGAAGGAACUAAUAAGAGGAGUAAAUUCCAUGGAAUGUUGCGUGAGUUUGAGGCCAUGUUGACAGCUCUCUUUAUUUCUGAUUAUAUUCCAUUUACGGGUUGGAUUGAUAAACUAUCUGGCCUUCGUGCACGUCUCGAACGAAAUUUUAAGGAGAUGGAUGAGUUUUACCAGGAGGUUAUUGAUGAACAUUUGGAUCCAAAUAGACAACAUGAAGAUGAUGAAGAGGUCAUUGUUGAUGUCUUGCUACAAUUGAAGAAAGAACGUUUGUUUCCAAUUGAUCUUACUUUUGAUCACAUUAAAGGAGUCCUCAUGAACAUGCUUGUAGCUGCAACGGAUACCACAUCUGCCACAAUAGUUUGGGCUAUGACUGCCUUAAUAAAAAAUCCAAGAGUAAUGAAGAAAGUGCAACAAGAGAUUAGGAAUUCAAGAGUUAAAAAAGAAUUUAUAGAUGAAGAUGAUAUACAAAAUUUCUCCUACUUGAAGGCAGUGAUAAAAGAGACAUUGAGAUUGUACCUACCAGGCCCAUUGCUUGUGCCAAGAGAAACAAGGGAAAAGUGCAUUAUAAGUGGCUACCAAAUUCCUGCAAAGGCGAUUGUGUUUGUGAAUGCUUGGGCUAUUCAUACAGACCCAGAUGUUUGGAAAAACCCAGAAGAGUUUUAUCCUGAAAGAUUUUUAGAAAGUUCUAUAAAUUUUUAUGGACAAGAUUUUGAACUAAUUCCCUUUGGAGCCGGUCGUAGAAUUUGCCCAGGUAUGUCUAUGGCAGUUGCAUCAUUGGAAGUUAUCCUUGCAAAUCUUCUAUACUCCUUUGAUUGGGAAUUACCAGAUGGUAUGGUAAAGGAAGAUAUUGAUACUGAAAGGUGGCCAGGACUCACUCAACACAAGAAGAAUGAGCUUUGCCUUGCAGCCAAGAUUCCUAUGUAGCUGCUAUUUAUUGAAAUUCUUUCUUGGGGGUCUCAUAUAUGUUUUCAUUUUUAUAUGUCUUUCCACUUGUGAUACACUUUGAAUAAUCUAUUAUGAUGUAUCUGCCAUUGUAAUUGAUCCGGUUGGACCAAAUAGGAUGAUUGAGGUGCUUAAAUCUGCCGUCUGUUGAGGUUGAUGAUCUGCUGAUCUGUCCGUCGUCUACCUGGUUCUGUUGAUCAACCCCCGGCCCCUCGUGUGUAACCCUCGGCCUACACUGUAAUCGGGUGGAUUUUAGGGUGUUUCCAAUAUAUGGUAUUGUCUGCUUAGUGGACUCGGGUCGGACCCAAACAAGCCAGAUUAGACUUUAGUACAGUCUGAAACAAGAAUAUAUCAAAGUUGAAGCAUGAUACUUUUA